AUGGGUCUCGUCUGCAAACGGACGGUAACCGGGGCCCGGAUGUUUGAGCUCCCGGAGGGUGCAGGUGAGGCCAAGGCUGACCUCCUAGCACUGAAACUCCGGGAGCUGGUCCCCGAGGUCAAAGUCGCCCGGCCCGUGAAGUGCGCAGAGUUGCGAGUCUCCGGGCUGGACGACUCCGUUACUAAAGAGGACGUCCUUGCCGCCGUCGCAUGCCAGGGCAAGUGCUCAGCAGAGCAAGUGCGAGUGGGCCCGAUCCGCUUCCGCGGUGUAUUCAGUAUGGGAGCUGCAUGGGUGCGAAGUGCCUUGCCGAAGCCGGCCGCCUUUUGGUGUCUGGAAGUUGGACACGCCGGCCUAAGGUGCCCGUCAACCACAGACCGCAGCCGUUUGUGCUUCCGCUGCGGCGGUGAGGGGCAUUUGGCCGCGACGUGUACGUCGGAUCCGCGGUCUCCACUGUGUGCGGAGGCGGGAGUAGCCGCCAACCAUAUGGUGGGGGGCAAGCAAUGCCACCCACCUAAGAGUCACAAGGGCAAGGGGCCCGAAAAAUCCUCCGUCCCUCCCAAAAAAUCUGCCGUGCCUGAGGUGGUUAUAAUGGACGAGUAA